AUGAAGGCGGAGGGGGGCGACGCCUCCAUGAUCAACCUGUCGGUGCAGCAGGUCCUGAGCCUCUGGGCCCACGGGACGGUGCUGAGGAACCUCACGGAGAUGUGGUACUGGAUCUUCCUCUGGGCCCUCUUCUCCUCUCUGUUCGUCCAUGGUGCUGCCGGAGUGCUGAUGUUUGUGAUGCUACAGAGGCAUCGGCAAGGGAGAGUCAUCUCCGUCAUCGCCGUCAGCAUCGGAUUUCUGGCUUCCGUGACUGGAGCGAUGAUCACUAGUGCCGCCGUGGCCGGCAUUUACCGCGUGGCCGGGAAGAACAUGGCCCCCUUGGAAGCCCUGGUGUGGGGCGUCGGACAGACAGUCCUGACGCUCAUCAUCUCCUUCUCAAGGAUCCUCGCCACACUCUGA